AACAGUCAUGUUUAGAUCCAAAACAGUUGAGGCGGGGACUUUUAAUAUGUUGUCAGACCAUACUAGUACAUUGAUCGAUUUCUCCUCAAAUCGAGCCAAGCACGGUUAAUUGAUGCAGAAAAAUGGAUCUGCUGUGUCUGCUCAUACCGUCUUUCUUUCUUUUGCUGAAUGGGCUUGAAUUUUGUCUUUCUGAUAACGAAAAACGUUGGCAGUCAUUCUUCAGGUGGAUCACAGAAGCCACAAAUAAUUACCAGCCAUGCAGUCAGGAGAACUGCAGCUGUCAUCUGAGUGUCAUGGAAGAUGACCUUAGGCCAUUUAAAAAUGGCAUAUCUGAGAGGCUCAUGGCAGACACAGUCCAAAGAGGUGUUGGUACGCACUACCAGAUAAUAGGUAACCAGCUGUACAGAGAACAAAGCUGCAUGUUUCCAGCAAGAUGCAGCGGUGUUGAGCACUUUAUCCUAAAAGUGAUUGACAGGUUGCCAGAUUUGGAGGUGGUGAUUAAUGUGCGUGACUAUCCACAGGUUCCUGGAUGGGUUCAGCCAGCCUUGCCUGUACUUUCCUUUAGUAAGACACCAGACUACCAGGACAUCAUGUACCCUGCAUGGACAUUCUGGGAGGGAGGUCCUGCUGUAUGGCCCAUCUACCCCACUGGACUAGGCCGAUGGGACCUCAUGAGGGAUGACCUGAAAAAAUCAGCUGCACGAUGGCCCUGGAAGAAGAAAAGCCCAAAAGGAUUCUUUAGAGGCUCCAGGACCAGUUCAGAGAGGGACCCUCUGAUCCUUCUCUCAAGGGAAGCCCCUGACCUUGUUGAUGCAGGGUACACCAAGAACCAGGCCUGGAAGUCAGAGAAGGACACUCUGGGUAGACCCCCGGCGAAGGAAAUUCCCCUAGUUGAACACUGUGAAUACAAAUACCUCUUUAAUUUCAGAGGAGUUGCUGCUAGUUUCCGUUUGAAGCAUCUGUUCCUGUGUGGCUCACUGGUUUUUCACGUCGGGGAAGAGUGGCUUGAGUUCUUCUACUCUCAGCUCAAACCCUGGAUUCACUACAUCCCUGUCAAACAGGACUUGUCUGACCUCAGCUUGUUGAUGUGUCCUGCAAGGCGGCAGGAUGUAUGUGGGGGGACAGAUGUAAAUGGACCUGGGAGCUCACAUCUGGGUCCUCUCAAGACUCUUUUUGGGAUCACUCUUCCUUGUGUGUAUGCGUCUGAUAGUACCUCUGCACAGACCAUACCACAACACAUAGGCAAGCCAGAGUUCCCUGACACAGGAUGGGACCGCAUCAAAGAUCUUUUUAGCAGGGGUGAAGGUGAGAUGUGCUCAGAGGAGUUAAGGAAUAUAGUAAAGUGUGGAAUUGCUGCAGCCAUGGUUGGGAUGGUCUAUGGAGGCAUACCAGGAGCCAGACAUGCUCGUGAGAGAUUUAUUCAGCUCAGCCAGGCUGCAAUGUACCAAAACAGAGUGGAUGCAGUGCGCUCUGCACAUAAUGCAGCUAUUCGUGGGUUUGUGAGCCUUGGCUCGAGGUGGAGCUGGAGGGUAGCAGCAUUUGUGACCAUGUUUAACACUGUAAAUACUGGCUUGACAGUGUAUAGAGACAAAGACGCUCUGAGCCAUUUCACUGUUGCAGGUGCUGCAACAGGAGGAUUGUUCAGGCUGAAUCUGGGACUUAGAGGGCUGCUGGCUGGUACAGCCAUAGGAGCUGUGAUGGGGCCUUGAUUGGGUUCAGCUGCGGCCGAUUACGAUGAGGAGCGGGAGCGCUUAAAAGCGGAGACAGACUGCAGUGAGACAGAGCUCCUUAGAACGCGCGUCGCGGAGGUCCGUGGUCCUUGUCUCCUGCCCCAGACACGCUGUUGAGAUCAAUGAGAUUGAUGUGUUGAUCUUUUAGUGAGUUUUCCUAGUGGGGAAUACUCACGGUGUGUUUUAGAGAACACUUUUCUCUUGAGUUGAUUGUCGUAAGUUUAUUUCCUUGUUUACUGAUUUGUGUUUACUUGUUUUCGUUUAUUUCGUUUUUUUUUUGAUUUAUGUCAUUAAACUAAUGUUUGAAUGUUUCUUUAGAAAGCCGUAGGGAGGAGGUUGCCAUUCUUUUUUUUUUAUUUAAACAUUUUCUCUUGGUUAUUGACUAGUUAGGGAGUAAGGGAAGUUUGUUGUAUUUUCUUUGGGGAUUUUUAUUUGUUAGGUAAUUUAUAUUUAAGUCGGCGUUAGUUAGAAUUCAUUUUGGUUUGUUAUUUUGGCUUGAACCCCUCCUGAAGAUUCACGCUUUCAGCUUUCUUUAUUUCUGUGUAAAUAAAAAAGCUUAUUCUUUUGACACUA